AUGUUAUAUCACUAUCGAAAACCAGAUAAACUUAAUGUGCACAAGAAUGACGCAGAAAGUUGGGAUUAUACAGUAUCUCUAUUGAAAGAAAAUACAAAUAACGGUCGUCCACAACCGUUGCUCCAGGAACCUCAUUUUGGAUCACGACCGCAACCAUACAGUGCAUACCCAGGGGAUCAGAUGCGACCAUUCGACGAUAUAUCUCCAGGAUAUGGAGACACUUUUCCGACAGAGGCAUUUAGAAAGGGCAGCACUCCAGCAGCAAUUACAGCAGAACAGAGAAAUACUCAAUUCCAGCAACCUGGUGCUGUGUUAAUGGUGUACGGGCUGGAUCCGCUACGCACGAACGCAGAUAAAUUGUUUAAUUUAAUGUGCUUGUAUGGAAAUGUUGUUCGGAUCAAAUUCUUAAAAUCCAAAGAAGGUACAGCUAUGGUUCAAAUGGGAGACAGUGUUGCGGUUGAAAGAUGUGUUCAAAAUCUCAACAAUAUAAACAUCGGUAUUACUGGGGCAAUUCCAGUAACGCAUCGUUCCAAUGCACCUGACGCAAUGCAAGAAGAUGAUGAUCACCAAAAGGAACACAAAUUACAAUUAGCUUUCAGCAAACAACCAUAUCUCAGCGAAGUAACAAAUCCGUAUCCACUACCUGAUAAAUCUCCUUCAUAUAAGUUGUACAUUAGCAAUAAAAAUAAUCGGUUCAUGAACCCCGCCAUGGCAAGCAAGAACAGAAUUCAACCACCCAGCAAGAUUUUGCACUUUUUUAAUACACCUCCACAAGUAACAGAAGAAGACCUAUUUAAAGUGUUCGAAGAGUAUGAUGUAACGCCGCCAAAAGCUGUUAAACUGUUCCCCAUGAAAUCAGAACGUUCCAGUUCCGGUCUCUUGGAAUUCGAAAAUAUUACCGACGCUGUAGCGGCAGUGAUGGCAUGUAAUCAUGCGGCCAUUGAAAGUCCAGGAAUGAAAUUCCCCUUUAUCAUGAAACUCUGCUUCUCAUCGUCACGUAGCAUGACCAUUAAAAAUGGAGAUAGUAGCACCGAUCAAGCUGGUGAAAAAAAUGAGUAAUUGCUUAAAACCAUGCUUAUAAUUUUAGUCUUUACAUAUCCUUUCCAUAAAUUGUUUAAAGUGUUACGAUUAAUGUUAAGUUAAAGUUUUAGUACCUUUUCGAUUGUUUGUGACAAAAAUCUCAUCGACCAAUGUCUCGAUUUAAAUAUUAUUUGUAAUAUUGACUAAUUUACCUGCCGAUAACCCUACGUUAUAUUUAAAAAUAUUAUUUACGAUACUGUGCAAAAUAUUUCUUAAAAAUUGUCAAACAGUUAACAAAUAGAUUACGUACAGCGUACUACGUAUAUACAAAUUAUUAUAAUACAGACUGUAAUAAUAUACAAAUUUUUAUUUUUGUAUGAGUAUAAUUGUCCUCCUAUGCGGUGAAGGAUUGAAAUGUAUUGACAAAAUAUAUUGCAUGUGCAAGGGUCAAACAAAAACUAGGCAAAUAAGUACAACUUAUUGCAAAUUAUGUUGCUUCUAAUAUAUAUGCUUUUUCAAACUAAUAUUUUUUUCUGAAGAUUAGUUAUAGAAUGUAUUCCUAAAACUUAACCACGAUGAUAUGUUAAAGCUAAGCAAUUCAUACUUUUUAUAAGAAACUUUUGAUUUUUAUUUCCGGUCGUUUUAGUCUGUUUUUCAAACCGGACUCUGAGUUUUAUUUACCUUGAACUGUACCUUUGGAGCCCAGGAUUGUCUAUUGAGCCACUCUGAGUCCUUUAUUUUUUCCAAGAUGGACUAAUGUGACGUUCAGUUUCAGUUUUAAACAGACGUUUUUGCUCUUUAGAAGAACCUCCAGUUUAAGUGUGGAUUUAGAGAGUUCUCUUAAAGAAAGCCCUUUGUAAUAUUAAAUAACUCUUCCUCAAUACUUAUCAACCCAAAGUACCCCUUCUUAAGUCGACGUUCUUUAUAUCGAGAAGCACAUGUAGCUUUAUCGAUAAGUUUUAUUAAAGCAUCUUUUGUGAGCUCCAUUUCACUCUCGUAGUCUGUUUUGUCCGGGUUAUUCUUCAGGAUGAUUGCUGUCUUCAUUCCCAAAGGCAGUGUUUUAACUUUUACCACCCGAUUUUUGAAAGGUGUUAUUGCAAAUUCGUUCCUGUUUGUAUUUUUUUGGUUUAAAGUACCUCUCGUAAACGCAGUCCGCUUAGCCUUGUAUUACAGUCUGUACUGUAUGUUAUACAGUACGUGCAACUAUACAUAUCAGUUUUUCCUUGAGAAGUAGGAUGAAUUUUCUAUAGUAUGUCAACAUCCUGCUCUGUUAUGUUCGUGAGUUUUUUUAGCUUCGGAUAAGCAUAAGUUGUAUUCGCGGAGCAUACCCCGAACGUAUUCAAAGUAAGUCCAGGAUUAGUUUCCAAUGCGCAGGCGUCGACGUAAACUUAUCCUGGACAUGUUCAGUACAUUAUUCUCCGCGAACAAUUUUCGGAUUUGGAAUGUAAUGACGGGUUGUUUACAGCAAGGUUAGACAAGGACGCCUUUUCUUUAUAAAAACCAUUAAAAUUUGCUUAACUUAAUAUCCGAAACAAAAACCUCGAACGUCUAGAGGGUAUCCCGGCCACGUUAAGGAUCUAUUUUCUGUACAGCGCGAACACCGAAUUUUACGCCCAAAGAUGGUUCAGAGGGAAAAAUUCGACCUUCGUAAAUGCGCAAUAUUGUAAUGCGAAGGCGUUCUCCCUCUAGUUUAGUCCAAAAUUUGUUCCGUGAAUACAGCUAUUGUGGACAUCUCAGUUUUCGCUGUUUUCCUAGGAGUACUCGAAUCGUCCUCUAAAAAGGUUACUGUCCGGAUGUUGUGGCAUUCUUGGAGCAGUUUGUUUAGUUUCUGAGCCCUACGUUUUUAUUUUUAUGAUCCAUUCCUACGAGUAUGAGAGAAUGAGAGGUCCGUGCCUACAGAUUUCCCAACGUAGGUAUACGAGUCCAACUGCUAUGCAGGUUUGGUACGAUACAAGGCUUUACUUUGUUUAUUAAUGUAUUCUUAGUCUCGUGGAAGUAUUUAUUCAAUCAUAAUUAUAAAAGUAUUUGAUAUUAUUCUACAGUUCACGUUUAAACAUUAUUGUAUAUUUUAAGUUUUUAAAUUAAGGGUAUAAAUAAAUUCUAUCAUCGAUAUUAACUAAUACCAAUACCAACAAUUGUAGUCUGUAAGUUGUGUCCCUAGAUUUGGGGUCUAUUAAGAAGGAAUAACAGAUUUUUCAACAUAUUAAAAAAAUUGCCUAUAAACAAAUUAGUACAUAAAACUAUAUACUACAUUAUAUUAAUUUUGUGAUAAUGACCAAUAAAUGAUUAAAUCUAUAAUCAAAACGUCAAUAUAAUAUACAUAAGAUAUUUAAAAAUUAGUUAUUAAUUUACUAAAAAAUGGCAAAAUGAAAUUUUGUGCCAAAGAAUAAAAUAGAAAAAGUAUGUACAUAUAUUAACAAUCACUCGAGUUAACAUUGUAAAUUUCAAUGUUUAUACAUUGGUCUAUAAGGGGUUAUUGACAGGUAAACAAUAUUUUUGUAUUUCCUUUAAAGUUAAGGUAUUUCUUAUCUUUAGUAUUACAUAUCCUAUUUAAGAAAAUACUCUUGAGAAAUAAAUGUGGAGAAAUAGCGCAA